UCCGGGGCACGCUACCGCGUUCCGUCGGCGGGUCUCCCAAAACGCCUGGGUGAGGUGUUUGUUGCUUCAACGGGCUUUUGGCCUUAGCUUUCCACCGCUGAAUAGCUGCGUCGACAGAGUUCGGGGAAACAGGAGACUCUUUAGGGAUGCAGGCCUCGUGGAGCCACCUUAAGAAAAAGUGACCACUCUGAGCGCUACCCGCUAACUGGCUCGUAGAGAGACGCACGUGAGAAGUUCGCCAAGGGGCGGGGCUUAGGGCCUUCGCCGCCGCGACAGGUGGAUUCCUCGAGGGGUGGAGCCUGGGGUCGGGCCCUGCUCUGCCUGCGCGUGCGCAGUACUAAUCAGCUCCUGCUACCCUUGCUGCAACAUGGAAUUUGCUACAGCUCGGCGAGCUAUACUUCAGCUCCUCGGUACUGUGGCUCCCGCUGACCUCCCCGCGCUUCUCCAGUGGAUGCGAACCACCCGAGACUUUGACGAGUUCACUCUAGAGAAUAACGACAUUAUAUUGAAAAGCAUAGCAGAAGACCUUCGGAAUUGCUUACCUCCGGGCACCGUGCUUUCCUCGGAACAGCGAGCCCUUCAAAAAAUAUUGGAGCAGCCACAACCCACGGUUCACGUUGAUGCAUUCCUUUAUGAUGAUGACUUUAUUGAUUCAUUAUGUGAGAAAGGAAAAAUGAGCAGAAACUACUGUACAGUGUGUGGCUCACACCAGACAGCACCUUUAGGAUUUAUUUCUCACUCCUUCUCCCUCAUGGAAUUGAAGUUCAUUUAUCAUCAUGUACUCCCUGAUCUCUCAGGAAAGAUCUUGGUGGACGUCGGCUCCAGGCUUGGCACAGUCCUUUAUGGGGGUUAUCUUUACAGCUCAGCAAUGCAACUUUAUGGAGUAGAGUUGAAUGGAGACUUUUGCCAGUUGCAGGAAAUGGUCAUAAAGAAAUACCAGUUCGGUGACAGAAUAAAGGUGCUUCACGCAGACAUCUGUACCCAGGGCUCACUUCUGCAAAAUGCUGAUGUUAUUAUAAUGAAUAAUGUCUUUGAAUAUUUUCUUAAUGAGGCAGAACAGGCCAGAGCCUGGGAAUAUAUCAGCCAUAAUGUAAGGAAACCAGGAUCAUUAUUAGUAACAGUGCCAAGUCUUGAAGAGUCUCUCUCAGGUCUUCAGGAAGCGGCCAUGUGGUGAACUCCCCAAUGGAUAGGUCCAUGUGGCAAAAAAGAGAAGGCAGCUUCUAGUCUACAGCCAGUGAGGAACUGAGACCCUCAGCCCAACAUCCUGCCAAGAACUAACUCCUGCCAGCAUCUACUCCUAGUUAUGCCUUAAACGUAACUGCAGCACCAGCUGACACUUUGAGUACAGCCUCAUGAGAAACUCAGAGACAACACAGCCAUCUCAGCUGUGUCCAGCUUCCUGGCUUCAUGGACUGGAAGGUAACAAUCAUUCAUCGCUUUAAGCCACAGAGUUUCACAAGAGUCUGUUGACAGCCAUCGAUAAUUAACACAGGUUCUGUUGGAUAAGCAUUAACUUACACUUAACUCAAAUUUUACUCAGCUAAGUAAGUUAAUACGGAUGUGAGAGUACUUAACCAAUGAAGGUGGUUGUUGGCCCAAAAAAUCUUAGAUACUUACCAAAUGAUUGUCAUACUCUCGUUUCUGAGUUUAGAAAUUAAUCUUAAAGAAUUAUAGUUUCUAGUCAUACUUUUCCAUUUAAGCACUAUAAGGUUUUAUUUUUAUAAGCUGUAAGUACCUAAUUCUCCAGUCUUUGGGAAAAUAAUACAGUCCCAGUUCAGAAGUAACUGGUCAGUUUUGGAAACAAGUAUUCUAGUACAAAGUAUCAGAGCCUGUAGAUUUGAACAUAGCUAUCUAUCUAAAUAAACAGCUGCUAUUUUGUAGAGGCUCAACUGGAAAACAGGAAAUCAACUUUACAGUUCUUAAAAAUAGUUAAUUUAAGAAAUUAUUCUUAAGCUGAUGAGUGUAUAGUUGUUUUGUGUGUGUGAGAGAGAGAGGAGAGGAGAGAGAGAGAGAGAGAAACAUUCUGGUAUGUAGGAUUCACUUCUUAAUUUGUAAAAGAUUUUUUUUAAAAACCAACCUUCCUACCUUAUUAAUUUUAAACUUUGGUAAGAAGUUCAAGCUUUAAGAAUGCAUAUGAAUAGUCAUCUGAAAAAGGAGGGUACUUUCUAAACUUCCUGUCAUCCUGUCAUAGGCUUUAACUAAUUCCCCUACAAUUGCGUGGGUUACCUAUUUACCAAAUAUCAGUUUCUCGGGUCCCCCAGAGUUAACUAAUCCUUUAGUUUUAGGUGACAAAGAGUGAAAAAACAAAAGUUAAAGACAAAUCUACAAGAUCAGAGAAAGAUAAGUCACGCUUCCAGUUGCCUCUGAUUUCUUUCUAGUUUUAACACCUAUCUACAUGGACCAAUGCCCUUCUCAAACGUUUAUUCAGACCCCAAGGGCUAUAUUUGACCCUGGUAUUAUAAAUCCCAUUCUGCCUUUAUUAUUUGCAUCUGAGCUUUAACUGUUAAUAUCUAAUUGUAUCAUUCAGUGGCGAACUAGCAAUACCUGCUAAAGUUUGGAAUUAGAUUAAAUGUUCAACUACAUUGACAAACCUCGUUUGUGUUAGCACUAGAUACUUUUUAGAAGUUUUUUUUUUUUUAUUUUGUUUUUGUAGGCCCAGUGCAUUUUUUAAAAUAACCUUUUAAAAUUACCUCCUAACUUUUCAUUCAUUCAGCAAACAUAUAUAUAUACUUUUUACUGUAUAGCCAAAUACAGCAUAGGAGUGCAGCAGCGAACAAGACACACAGGCUUUUAGUCUUUACAUAGCGUCCAUUCUACUUCGGGUAAAGAGUACUAGACAAGUAAGAUAAAUUACCAGUUGUGGGGCUGGCCUUCAGCCUGCCUGGUAAGACGACUCUGUUUCAUAUUGGAGCACCUGAUUCAAAUACCUAGUUCUGCUUCCUGACUCUAGCUUCCUACUAAUGCAAAGCCUGGGAGACAGCAGUGGUAGACCAAGUUACUGAGUUCCUUCCACCCAUGAGGGAGACCUGGAUUGAUUUCCUGGUUCUAUGCUUCAACCUGUCCCAGUCCCAGUUGUUUGGAGCAUUUGAGGAGUGAACCAGUAGUCGGGAGCUCACGCUCUCUUGCCCUGAAAUAACUUUUUUAAAACUAUCAACUCUCGGGCGGGCGCCGUGGCUCCCUAGGGUAAUCCUCCGCCUGUGGUGCCGGUACCCUGGGUUCUAGUCCCGGUUGGGGUGCCGGAUUCUGUCCCGGUCGUUCCUCUUCCAGUCCAGCUCUCUACUGUGGCCUGGGAAGGCAGUGGAGGAUGGCCAAAGUGCAUGGGCCCUGCACCCGCAUGGGAGACCAGGAGGAAGCACCUGGCUCCUGGCUUCGGAUCGGCGCAGUGCGCCGGCCAUGGCAGACAUUUGGGGGGUGAACCAAUGGAAGGAAGACCUUUCUCUCUGUCUCUCUCUCACUGUUUAACUCUGUCUGUCAGAAAAAAAUUUGAAAAAAAAAAACAAAACUAUCAACUCUAAUUUUAAUAUUUUUCAAUAACACAUGGACCUAUUAUUGUAAGGGGAUAACUACAUAUAUCUGUAUGUAGAAUAUUUCAGGAUCUGAGCAAAUAUUCACAACACAGGGUUAGGUUAAAAAAUAAUUCUAGAAAAAAUGUUAGAAGAUCUCAGUAUAUAUGUGUAUAUGUACAUUCAAAUAAAAAUGUAAGAGAAUAUAAAAAGUGUAUAUGCUAAAUGUUAGCAGUUUUGUUUCAGGUGUAUUUUUUCACUUUUUUCUGCCUUUCUAUAUUUUCAAACCUCUUUUAUUAAUUCAUUUAUUGAGAGACAGAGAGCUCCCAUCUGUUGGUUCACUUCUGUAGUGCCUGAAGCUCUGAAGCCAGGAGCCAGGAGCUUAGUCCAAGUCUCCCACGUGUGUGGCAGGUCCCUAACUCUUGCACCAUCACCUGCCACCUCCCAGGAUGUACAUUAUCAAGAAGCUGGAAUCUUUUCUCCUCACCUAAAGGUUUUGAGGUUUCAAGCAUGUGAAUGGGUGGGUCACUGUUUCCUCAGAGAGUGCAGCUCCAAAAAAUCGGGACCAGGAACCACACCUUUUCACCAGAGGUGCAGAUAGAGCUGGGAUCCCUACUACUGGGAAAUGGAAUAUUAAAAUACCCGUCUACAGAGGGAAUUGCCAAGAAGACAGGACACCCUGCCUGGUUGAGAACAAGAGCAGUGAGUGUUACAUGUGCACACAACACAGGACUCUGCUGUCACAUGCAGCUCUAGCAGAAAGAGUUGGGACACCAGCAACAGUGGCAGGCUGCCUUCAUCCAAGUAGACAGUCACAACUCGCGGGGCCACUGGGCUGGCAGUCAUAGCAGCAGCUGCUUCAGUUAAGGGAACAUAAAACUGAAAGCUGUCAGGUAUGUUUUUUCUAUUCUCUGCUUUACUUUCCAGUAAAUCACAUGUUUAUCAGGCUUCUUGUUAUUGAAAAACUGGAUAAUACUUUCCCACCUUAUAAGUGCCUCCCAAAAUACAGUCAACACAGUGCCGUGCGUUGGCUACUUCAGUUAAGAUUAGUCCCAAAUCAGGGUUUUUGAUCAACUCUGUCAGACCAGAUUGAGAGAGGCAGACUAAUGUGUUCCAGUUGCCACCCUCUCUGCUAUGACGAAGCAGGAAGUUUCCAAGCAAACCUCCACCUCUCAGGAAGUUAACGUCAAACUUACAGUUUACAUCCUGUCGAACAUAGUCUGAAAUAUUUUCCAAUUCUAGAUAUUAUUUGAAUUAAAAGCUUGAGGAUUCUGUCCUGAAAUCGUUUCUUGUUACUCUCAAAAAACCAUGUGCAUCUGUUCUAAGUGACAAAUGGAGUAUCUCCAUGACUUGUAAUGAUAAAAAUUACAAAGUUGUUUUUUAAUGUAAGCUGCCUAUAAUUAUGACUCUGCUGAAAUGCCUGUUCUCCAUCCUUUAUUCACUUGACCUCUGAAGCAGUUCCUUGUUGACCAUGUUCUGAUUCAUUAAUUGUGCAGGCAGGACAGUAAAAACAAGCAAACGCAACACUCAGUAGAGGCUCCAGAUGCUCUCCUCUGGGACUCACCACAUAGUAUCCACUUGAAGGAGGGGACACAGUGCUGGUUCUGGUUCUUUCAGUAACUGGACUUUGGCUAAGUCCCUUAACCUACCAUUUUCUGGCCUGAAAAUGAGAGCAGUAGAUUUAAUGAUCUUUAGCACACACUGUGUGAGUGUGCGAUAGAGUAAAGCCAAUCUUAGGUAUCAUAGUUCACACUUCUAGAAUUUUUUAAAAAGCCACAUCCAAAGCAUAAGCCACAGGAUAGAUAUGGUGGAUCUUCCUAGAUUUAUUGGUUAGGAUUCUUUUUUUUUCCUACUUUUAGUUAUUUAUUUUCAUCAUUAUUUGAAAGGCAAAUAAAGAGGCAGAGAGAAAAAGAGAGAGACAAAACCAGAUAAACAGAGAGAUAUCUCCCAUCUGCUGGUUCAUUCCCCAAAUGUCUAGAACAGCCAGGGCUGGGCCAUGCCAAAGUCAGGAGCCCAGAACUCAAAAUGAGUCUCCCACAAGAGUAGCAGGGACCCAAGUACUUGAGCCAUCACCUGUUGCUUCCCAAGGUAUGCAGUAAUAAGCUGGAUCAGAAGCCAAGCUGGGACAUAAACCCAGGCACUCUGAAACGGUGUGGGCAUCCCAAGAGGGAUUUUAACCUCUGCCAGAGUUCUUCCCUGAUACAUAUUCUUUCUGGAUGCAAAUAGCUCUUGCUUCAAUAAGAUGAAUUUGUUAUACGAGUACAGAGGUAUCUCACAGAAAUUAAACUGGGCCAAAGCGGGCAGGAAGGCGAAUAUCAGAAAGGCUCUCCCCCUCCUGUCUGUUUCUCCCUCUGUGUAUCUGCUUCAUUCCACCUUUUUUUUUUUUUAAUUUAUUUAUUUAUUUGAAAGAGUUACACACAGAGAAGGAGAGGCAGACAGAGAGGUCUUCCAUCCACUGGUUCACUCCCCAGGUGGCUGCAACAGCUGAAGCUGUGGAGAUCCAAAGCCAGGAGCCAGGAGCUUCCUCCAGGUCUCCCAUGCAGGUGCAGGAGCCCGAGGACUUGGGCCAUCUUCUACUGCUUUCCCAGGCCACAGCAGAGAGCUGGAUCAGAAGUGGAGCAGUCAGGACUCAAACUGGUGCCCAUAUGGGAUUCUGACACUGCAGGAGGCAACUUUACCUGCUACGCAACAGAGCCAGCCUCUCAUUCCACCUUUUCUCUGCUGACCAGGUUCCUCUAUUUCCCUUUACCACGUGGUGGAAAACAGGACACCCUGGCGGCUCAUGAA